UUCAAGGUCACGCUCUCCGCCCUCGACGUCAUCGAGACGCUCGUCGAACGACUGAAGGGCGCGCUAACAAUCAAUCUCGACGUUCUGGUCGCCAUCCUCGCCAAACGCCUCGGCGACUCGCGCACAGUGAUCCGCGACUCCGUGAUCCGCGUGCUGCACGCGGCCAUGAUGCACGCGUUCCCGCCGCAGCAGCUCCUGGACCUCCUUCUGCUCCACAAACCGUCGAAGAACCCGAAAGUGCGCGAAGAGGUGGUCAACAGGGUGACGGCCGCCGUCCUGACGUUCCCGCGCUCCGAGUUCAAUCUGGCCAAACUGUGCUUCUCUGUGGCGCCACUUCUCACCGACAGCCGGCGCUGCGUGCGUUUGGCCUCUUUGGAGUGUUUGGCGGUUCUCGCGCAGGCUUUGGGGCCCAACCGCUUGGCGUCGCUGAUGGCGGCCGUGGAGGCGAUCGAGCAGAACGUGGCGAUCGACGGUCUGGUCAACGCUCUGCACGCGCGCCUCGCCAGACGACAACUGCCGCGCUGUGGCGCCGACGGCACCGUUCGCUACGUCCUCAACCCGCAGCACUUCUCCGGUUGGUUCACGUCGGGCGCAGACGCAGACCUCGAGUGGGUGAUGCUGGCCACGCCCUCCUCCACGGGGGGAACGCCCCCUAAAAGGGCGAACGGGAGUUCCGGCAUUCCUUUGGCGGCGAUUCCGUUCGACAGACGGAAGAGCAACGCUUUGAACGCCGAGUUGGAGAGCGAGGCGACGGACGACGAUGCGGCCAUCGUGGAGGCCAUCGGGCGGCGGAAGUCGUUGGCCGAAGUGAACAUCGAACAGCUGUUGUCGUCUGGCGUCGAGUCCUCAGCCAAUGAGCGCGCGUUCGUCGACUUUCGCGGAGAAUCCUUCCAAUCGGACGAGAAUUGCGAGCAUUUGGAGAGCGCGAACGAAACAGAGAGUUUAGAGCAAUGGCGCGAAUAUUUCAGCGAAUUCAGAGCACAGUUGGCGGAAGUGGCGAUCUUUGGGCGAAACGAGAAAAAGCGCAGAAACUCCGAACUUCCGGUUCAACCGCUGUUCGCACAAGAAGUGGACGGAUUCCGCGCCGAAUCGCCCGUCCAGUCGUCGUCGGCGCCGUCGACCGCGUCCAACGACGCGCCCUUCUUCGCGCCCGACGUCACGACUCUGAUCGAGGUGGAGGGCAUGCUGGCCGUGACGCGCCUGGCCACGUUCCACGCGCCUGCGCUCCUCAAGGACCAGCACGCGCUGAUCGCGGCCAUCGUGGCGGAAGUGCGGAACCUGCGCUCCACAGUGGCGCGCGCCGCCAUCUUCGCGUUGGGAGAACUGUUCGCGCGGUUGGGCGCGCAGGCGGAGCCCGAGAUGGACGCCAUGUUGGCCGCGCUGUUGGCCAAGAGCCAGGAGACCGCCGUGUUCAUCCGCGAAGACGUCGAGCGCGCGAUCCUUCAGGCGGUCGUGCAUUUGCCGCAAACCCGAACCGCCAUCGCGCUCAUCAACGGCGGCGCCAACCACAGGAACGCGUCGGUGCGCCGGACGUGCGCGCAGUUCGUGUCGCAACUGGUAGAGCGCAUGGGCGCGCAGAAGUGUCUGUUGGGCCCGCGCGACAUCGCUGACCACGUGCUGCCGGCCGGCGCGCGCUUCGUGCAGGACUCGUCGCCGCACACGCGCUACUUCGGCAGGAAGAUGUUCGCUGUGCUGAUGGCGCACGUGUCGUUCGAGAAGCUGCUGCGCAAACACGUGACUCCCGGCACUUACCGCAACAUCGUCGGCAUCCUCGAGUCCGUCAAGCGCCGGGGCAUUGGCGACAAACCGCAGGAUUUGUCGGAAAAGGAGUUUCAAUAA